CCGGUGACAUCGGUGACGACUACAAUUCCCAGAAUCCCCCGCUCAUCGUUUCCCGAAAAUCUGGCCGCUCUUUACAGUCGAGGGAAGAUGUGGAUCGCGGCGGUGGACUGAGUUCUCUCUCCUUAGCUGAUUCCAGCUGUUCAUUUUUGGGAGGCUUUGCUGGACUAUGAGCUCUAGUAAGACUCCUCGCUACAACCGUUUCUCUGGAGGAUCAGCCGUAGCCAACGCCAGUAUCCCCUCUGCAGACAGCGCCAACGCGACGAGAAUGGAGACCACAUUUGGACCUGCCUUUUCAGCAGUUUCGACGAUCACUAAAGCAGAACCUUCCAGUAGUUACAAGCAGCACCGUCGGACACCGUCGUCCUCAAGCACCAUGGCCUACUCUCCACGUGACGAGGAUGACAGCAUGCCUCCCAUCAGCACGCCGCGCCGCUCAGACUCUGCCAUGUCCGUGCGCUCCCUGCACUCCGAGUCAAACAUGUCGUUGCGCUCCACCUUCUCCCUGCAUGAAGAGGAGGAGGACACGGAGCCACAGGUGUUUGCGGAGCAGCCCUCUGUCAAGCUGUGCUGUCAGCUCUGCUGCAGUGUGUUCAAGGACCCGGUCAUCACCACCUGUGGGCACACGUUCUGCCGCCGAUGCGCCCUGACCUCAGAGAAGUGCCCGGUGGACACCGCCAAGCUGACCGUGGUGGUGAAUAACAUCGCCGUCGCCGAGCAGAUCGGCGAGCUCUUCAUCCACUGCAAGUACGGGUGCCGGCCGGCAACAAGCGGCAAACCCGGCGCCUUCGAGGUGGAUCCUGUCGGCUGCCCCUUCACCAUCAAACUCAGUGCCAGGAAGGACCACGAGGCCGGCUGCGAUUACCGCCCUGUGCGCUGCCCCAACAACCCCAGCUGCCCGCCUCUGCUCACCAUGAACCUGGAGGCUCACCUGAAGGCCUGCGAGCACAUCAAGUGCCCGCAUUCCAAAUACGGCUGCACCUUCAUUGGCAACCAGGACACAUAUGAGGCUCAUCUGGAGAUGUGCAAGUUUGAGGGCCUGAAGGAGUUCCUCCAGCAGACAGAUGACCGUUUCCACGAGAUGCAGGUGGCGCUGGCCCAGAAGGACCAGGACAUCGCCUUCCUGCGCUCUAUGCUGGGCAAGCUAUCCGAGAAGCUGGACCAGCUGGAGAAGAACUUGGAGCUCAAAUUUGAUGUGCUGGAUGAGAACCAGAGCAAGCUGGGCGAGGACCUCAUGGAGUUCCGAAGGGACGCCUCUAUGCUCAACGACCAAUAUGGUCACGCCCCUUCCAGCCUGACCACUCCCUCCUGUCUUGCAGCAUACGACCCCCAGCAGAUAUUUAAGUGCAAGGGCACCUUUGUGGGGCACCAGGGCCCUGUGUGGUGCCUCUGUGUCUACUCCACCGGCGACCUGCUCUUCAGCGGCUCCUCGGACAAAACCAUCAAGGUCUGGGACACCUGUACGACAUACAAGUGCCAGAAGACUCUGGAAGGCCAUGACGGCAUCGUACUGGCGCUGUGCAUUCAGGGGAACAAGCUGUACAGCGGAUCGGCCGAUUGCACAAUCAUUGUGUGGGACAUCCAGACGCUGCAGAAGGUGAACACGAUCCGUGCUCACGACAACCCCGUGUGCACGCUGGUGUCCUCGCACAACAUGCUCUUCAGCGGCUCCCUCAAAGCCAUCAAGGUGUGGGACAUCAUGGGCACGGAGCUCAAGCUGAAGAAGGAACUGACAGGGCUCAACCACUGGGUCCGGGCGCUGGUUGCCUCUCAGAACCACCUGUACAGCGGCUCCUACCAGACCAUCAAGAUCUGGGACAUCCGCUCGCUGGAGUGCGUCCAUGUGCUGCAGACAUCCGGGGGCAGCGUUUACUCCAUUGCAGUCACCAACCACCACAUCGUCUGCGGCACCUAUGAGAACCUCAUCCACGUGUGGGACAUUGAGUCCAAGGAGCAGGUGCGCACCCUUACGGGCCACGUCGGCACAGUGUACGCCCUGGCGGUCAUCUCCACCCCCGACCAGACCAAAGUGUUCAGUGCCUCUUACGACCGCUCCCUCCGGGUAUGGAGCAUGGACAACAUGAUCUGCACCCAGACCCUGCUGCGGCAUCAAGGCAGCGUCACAGCCCUGGCAGUCUCUAGGGGGCGCCUCUUCUCCGGAGCAGUGGACAGCACGGUAAAGGUGUGGACCUGCUGAGGGAUCAGUCUGUACCUUUCAAACGUCCACGGACAAACGUUUUUUCUGGGACUGCCUUUUACGGUUAUCGUGAUUAUUAAUCGACAAAGCCAAGUUGAUGUUUUUUUUUAAGGUCAUAACUAUGUACUUGGUUGAUUUUAAAUCCUCGGCCUAUAGCCACGGCCGGGCUUUUGUUUAUCCGGAAACGGUCAGGGCCGUCGGAUCCCAAAGGGCCCUGGCAUCAGUACCUCCUGAGUGACGGGCUGCCCUUCAGACCCGCAAAGAACGUCAGCACCGGGCCCAGCUCCCAUCCGCGGGUCGCGCUCACACGCUGGCCACAGGGGGCAGCGCAACUGAGGUGUCUGCCUUACCAGAUAACGCUUACGAAUGGCGCUGGCCUUGCCCACCCCCCAAGCUUUUCCUGGUGACGCACCCCUUCCUGAAUGGACGACGCUGCCCAAGCCAAACUCGGUCCAGCCCCACCUCCCCCUCCUACCUCCCCCCAACUGGCCACAGAGAAGGAGGAUGAAGAACAACAGCUUUAUCGUAUUUUCUGUCAGGUUUAAAUGAGGGAAAGAAGAAUCAUCUGCUUGUAAACAUGUGAACAUGUAUUAACACUCAGAUCUUAAGUGAAACAUCUGGAGGGUUUUUUUUAUGUCAUCUGCGCAGAUCUUGCAUCUGGCAGUAAACGAGGCUCUUUGGGGGUGGGGGGUUCAGCUGUUGCCUGUACUGAAGCGAGGCCUCUGAGUGAGAGACUUGAUGGCAGAAGUGUGUAGUGCUACCAGAAGGAUUUCAGCUGUCUGUCGUUACUUCUUUGUGCAUUUACUGCGCAAAGGAACUGGUUUUUCGUUACUAUUAUUUUUUUUUAAUGAAAUUUGUAUUUUUUUGCACCUGUUGGUCAGAGGCUCCCAUUUCUGAAGUGUUCCUGAGGCGAGGGCGAUGUGGCCUGCCCCGGCUUCCGGAAUGGUCCGGCGGUCAAUCGGCCACUUUAACCCAAUCCUGGAAAACCAGUUUUAAAUAUAUACGGUGCUGCUGUUCAUUUUAGUUCUCGUUUACUCCUUAAAGAGACGUGUUCAGUAACACGUGCAGUAUUCCCGCAGCCCCGGCAUGCUCUCUGAUCAGUGUUUUAACGGUUCGCUUCUGGCUGACGGGGCAAAGGUGCGACAGCUGCAGAAGUGUCCGGAAGUCCAGGGCCGUGCGGCGUCCUGACAGUUCCUGUUUGUGCUGCCGGGCCGGGCUGCGCUCUCAGAGCAGCUCUUAUCCUUGAGAGAUACACUACUCUGCAGUGCCAAUGAAAGGAUUUAUUUUUACUUUUGCGCUUUUUACUGUGGAGGUCACCCGGUGUCAGGUACGAUUUCUGUUUCUGUGGGGGGGUCAGUUUGGGGGGGGCCGCUGUGAUUGUCCUGUGACAUUUAUGUACAUUCACUUGUAUACUUUGUUUAUCAUGACUUUACCAUUAAAGCUGUAUACACACGCCCCCUCCCUUUAUUUCACGGUGGGGAUGUUUAAUAUUGGUGUCAGAUGUUUGAAACCCCAUGUUAUAUAAAGUGCCGUCUUUCCUUGUG